AUGGCAGGGGCUUGUCUACUUUUUAGUAGACUCUUCUAUUUUAUACAGUCGUCUAUACAUUUUAAUAAAAUCGGAUCGGUUCGGAAAACUUGCCAGAGUCACCUUCAAACGGAUCAGCUUCUAAUCGAGGAGAAGCCCCUUCAUGUUCCGCCCCUCUCGGAGAUUCAAAAAGUGCUACAGGGUGCUUUGUGUGAAAAUUUCAAGACUGUAAAAGUUAAAGUGUGUCCUUGUCCUGAUUUGAAGGCCAAGCCAUUCUGUUUGGUGGAGAGUGGAUUGUGCGGAAAUGGCACCCUCCUGGAGGUGGGUAGUCCCAGCUACUUACGCCCUCUGGUUCAAAGGGACAAGCUGUACAACAUUCCUGAGAUCAUCAGGAGAGUUCAAGGACCCGGAAGGAUCUUUGCAGUGGGAGCAGGUGCCGGUCCCUGGCCCAUUCGAAACUCCAACUGUGAAGGAAUCUUCAACUUGUCGGUGGACAAGGACGACCAGCUGACCAAUGGAAGUUACACGGCAACAGUUAGAGGCGAAAGUGAGGAAUGUGUCCAGGAAAAGCUCCCAGAUACAGAGCCUCGAUGUGCCUUGCUCCUGAAUCUAUUUCUCAGUCAAGGACUACCCGGCGAAGUCAUAGGAAUUCUUGUCAAGCAGCGGAUCUGCGAGAAAAACUUUGUGGAUUGCAUUCGGAAGGGUCUGCUGGAGCAUUAUUGCGAUAGAGUAGUGGGUCUGGGAGGGAUCUUCGUUAUCAAAAGAGGCUGUGUCCACCAGCAUGUAAUGCGGGACUUUAGCAAAACCCCACUUGAAUCCGAGGAGGACGUUAACAAAUGGCUCAAGUUCUACGAGAUGCCGGCUCAGUUGAAUUGUCUAGGAACUUUGGUCACCAAGGAUCUCGAUCUAGACUUGCGCUUGGAACACUUCCAUUCCUUCUCCUUUUCCAACUGGGGAGGUCACUACCAUUACGAUACUACCCCAGACAGUGUGGAAUACGAGGCAUAUCUGAACGUGGCGGAGAGGGUUCUAAGAGUCGAUAGGCCCGUGAAAGUGUGACACAAAUACUUGGCAUGUUACCAAAAC